CGUUCUUUCCAAAUCCAGUCCAUCCUCACACGGGAUCUUCCUAAACUGUGGCGGCCAGCGUCUCUUCAGCUGCAGCUCCUUUUCAGAACAUUCAUAUCUACACUGGUAUCCUGUCUUGCGGACUCCUGCGGCCGCAGCCUCAUCAACGUGACUAGCUGUUUUGGGGAUAGUAGUUGGAGGGUUCUCGGAAUCGUCAGGUCACUCAGGCUGUCCCUGCGGCAAUUUGGCAAUCUGCUCUCCUCCACUGAUCAGGGUCCUUGCCUCCUUCUUUACGAGGUUUCAAGGAUCAACGUAAUUUUUCAGCAAGACUACCCGCCGGAAGUAGUACAAAUCGUUACGCCCCAAACGACACCGCUUCCAUUGAUUUUACUUCAUCUCUUCAAUUCGGGCACCAUCCUGCUAGACUACGUUGUUGUAUGUGUCAGUUGGUGAGCGUGAAAUGUUCCGACCUCCUCGUCGAGACAUAUAAGACCCCAGUCACCGGCCGAAACAGCUUUGCAUCCUCCUCUAUUCACGUUGGCGUGGAACAUGCCAUCUCGUCCAUAUUGGCUUAAAUAC